AUGGCCAAAAGCAAAACCAAGAAUCGCAAGAACAAGCAAAACGCAGCGCAGCACAGCACCGAACAGUCGACCGGCCACUCAUCGAGCGUACAAACCAGCAUCAGCGGAUCAAAGGAUAACAAGACCUACGACGGCACUACAGAACCACCGACCCCGACCACCAUGUCCUCUUACGCUACAGAUGUCGAACGCCGCGAUAGCGCACAUCCCAACAUGAAUACUCCCCAAAAGCCACUUCGAGCGCGUCGCCCUUGUUGGAAGAAGUGGAUGCCCCGGCCUUGCCAGUGGUGGCCUUGUCGUGCUUCAAGGUGGAUUCGGGACUUCGUCCUUGCCGUCUUCCACGUUUCGAAAUCGGCAGCCUGGCGAGACCUGCUUUUCUCCGGCUCGCUGCUUGCACUGUUCCUUUUCGGAUGCUGGGUAGCUAUGGAGGGCUUGCUACACGUCUUCCGACCUGUCGCCGCCCAAGAUGCUAACUGUAGUGUCGUCUAUGUCACGAUCCCAGGCCCGAUCAUCACGGUUUCUCUCAUUGGAGCGACGCCUUCGGAUCCAAAUCAUGGGACGUACUACUUCUCGGUCAUCAAUGGGACUACGCACUGGCACAACAGCAUUGCUCCUCCCACGCGAUUCAGCACGCUCGUCACUGUGACCCCAGGAAUCACUAUUACUUCCCAUAAGCGGAUCACCGCAGUCCGGUGCACCGUCGCCGAGCUCUCCUCCUCCCGUUUCGGCUCCCACAUCACCAGGCACUUCAAGAUUGACUACGAUAGUCUCUGGGUCGACCAUCAUCUCGACAGGAAGCCCUAG